AUGGAAUUUUCUGGAUUGAAGAAUUUGACAACUCUUGUGUUGCAUCUACUUCCUGUCGAGCAGAAUAUGCUUCAGGAUAUGUGUCUUAAAUGCAUCCAUCUUCACAACUUGACUCUUAAUGAAUGUACCUUCAGAUCUGACUUAAAAAUAACUAGUACAACAUUGCUUCAUUUGAACAUUAACUGCGGGGAUAUCAUUGGCGAGAAGAUUAAUAUUGAUAUCAUUGCAUCAAAUCUCUCCUCCGUUCAAUAUUCCUCAGACUGUCUCGCUGAAUUUCUAUUACACACGCUGAAUAUCAAGUCUCAUAAGUUAUCCAACUUUAGCUACACAUGUGCUCAAAUUUCUAAUCUUGUUCACUUUUCUGGACUCAAGAAUGUCACAACAAUUGUCUUGGAUGGACUCAUGGAGGGUGAUGUCAUAAAUUUUGGACUCAGGGAGGGUGAUGUCAUAACUCAUCUGUUUUCUAAAUGUCUCCAACUCCAACAUGUCACCAUUAGCCAGUGUUGGCUCACGUGUGAAUGCAAAAUCAUCAGUGCAAAGUUGCGUCAUUUGAGCAUACUUCAUUGUUUCAAUACCAAUGUCUUGGAUAUUGCUUCCAAUGGCUCAUUGUUUGAAUACAGAGGUCAUCCGGAGACGAGGAGCAUACUCUCUAUUCAUGCUUUGAAUCUCUCAUCCUUUGAAUUUAGAGGUCGUUCGGAGAUGAGGAGCAUAAUCUCCAUUGAGGCCCCAAAGUUAUUGAAGGAUUUUUGGGAUGCAGGUUUUAACAAGAUAUGCAUAUAA